AUGGCACUCCUUCUAUGCGAUCUCGUUAGUAUAAUCGACAUUGGCGCUAAGAGAUCGGAUGUCACCUUGCAUAGCCUACUUCCGUUCGAUUUCCGCUUGUCGAUCAUAGUGUCAUUGGUUGCUGGGACAUUCUUAAUCAUUAUUCGCGAGCAAGGCCAUCUGAUCCGGUCUUUAGUUCCCGGCCAGGAAAUGGGAGACGCAAAGGAUAGAAUGAAAGAAGCCUCACUAUUGCUGGGCUCUUAA